AGUACUAUGGGAAAGUAGUGCGCGCAUAAAAUUAUUGUUUGGGUCACACAUUCGAUGAAAAGUGUGACAUUGUUACAAUACGAACCCGGCGGUUUCGCGGGGACGUUUAUUCAGGAAAAUUUGGCAAUUUUACGCGGGAAUUAAGCGAACGUGUCGCGUUGUAUCGGCGGCGGAAGGAUACCUUGAUCCCAACGCGCGUCAAAAUAUUGGCUCGGGGAGAGACCGCGCCAAAGCUCAGACAGCGUCCACUCCUCUGGAUAACAACACGCAGCGCAGGCCCUUUAAUAAGCGCACUUCAUUGCUGAUACGCACACCACACGCGUCGGAACGUUUGAGUUUGUUUUGUUUUGUUUUUUUAAAUCUCUGCAGUGGGGUAUUUUUCGCUUGUUGUGCUUGAGUCGAGACUCAAACGUACGGUUUCAUGCCGGUUUUUGGGGAGACGCUCUGCGGCUUCGCGGUCGUGAGACGUCUUUAGACGGGUGAGGCGCGGCGGAGGUGGCGCACUGCCGGACUGGAUAUACACGCACCACUCGCUCGAUAAGACGACCCGCGACACCGUCUCAAACCGAGCCCGAGUUUCACGCCUCUUCCGACUCUCCGUUUGGUUCUUCUGGUUUUUCAACGAGUGGACGAAGAUCUUCGUCAGCACCGGCUUUUCGGCGUGAAUAUGUUGUUGUCAAAGUUUGGUUCAUUUUCGCACAUUUGCAACCCUUCAAGCAUGGACCAUCUACCAGUGAAAAUACAGCUCCAGCCGGUUAAACUGGAAAAGGAGCCUUUCGAAAAGGUCUACCAAGUGGGAUCCGUGCUUGGCAGCGGGGGAUUCGGAACAGUUUACGCCGGCAGCCGCAUCUCUGAUGGCGCACCGGUUGCUGUGAAACAUGUGGCCAAGGAGCGGGUGACCGAGUGGGGCACACAUAAUGCAUCCAUGGUGCCGCUGGAGAUCCUUCUGCUGAAGAAGGUCAGCUCGUCGUUCCGCGGAGUGAUCAAGCUGCUGGACUAUUACGAGCGCGCGGACGGCUGGCUGAUAGUCAUGGAGAGGCCGGAGCUCGUCAAGGACCUUUUCGACUUCAUCACCGAGAAGGGCGCCCUGGACGAGGACACGGCCCGGGGCUUUUUCUGCCAGGUCGUGGAGGCGGUGCGACACUGCUACAGCUGCGGCGUGGUGCACAGAGACAUCAAGGACGAGAACCUGCUCGUGGACCUACGCACCGGAGAGCUCAAGCUCAUUGACUUUGGCUCCGGGGCGAUUCUCAAGGACACCGUGUACACCGAUUUCGACGGUACAAGAGUGUACAGCCCGCCAGAGUGGAUCCGCUUCCACAGGUACCACGGCCGCUCUGCGACGGUGUGGUCGCUAGGCGUGCUGCUCUACGACAUGGUGUGUGGAGACAUCCCCUUUGAGCAAGACGACGAGAUCCUCCGAGGGAGGCUGUACUUCAGGAGGAGGGUUUCUGCCGAGUGCCAGCAGCUGAUCAAAUGGUGUCUGGCCCUGCGGCCCUCGGACCGGCCCACCCUGGAGCAGAUCUGCGAUCACCCCUGGAUUAGGGCGGCAACGGAGAUGCCCAAGUCCCAGGAGGAGCCGGCCGUCAGCGAGAUCUGCCUCAGGACCAUCGACACAGACUCUUUGUCAAGCACAAGCUCGAGCAAGGAGAGCCUCUGAGGACGGCUCGGGUGGACCGGAAAGACUUUAUGGGACUGGGAGGGGUGUCCGAUGGCGGGGCCGGACGUGGACUCGAGGCUGGCAGCCUGUAGCCCGACUGGCCACUUUUCACAGCCUGCCACUGGUCACUGCUGGUCCGCCAAGAUAAAAUGUACUUUACCUUUCCUCUUUUGUAGGGAAUUUCUAAUUUAUUACUAUUUGUUCUUCCUUAUUUUACCCCAUUCCCUCCACCCCACCAACCCCCACUUUCAGUUAAUGAUACUCGUUUUCUAAUCGGGAACAUUUUUUUCUGUUUGGGUGGUCUUUUAUUUUCCUUGUUUUGUUACUAGGCUCGUAUAUGCAGGUGGCAAGGCCCUCCUGUUCAGUCAUGGCUGCUCUCAUAGAGCUUGGAGAAAACCUUUUUUUUAACUUUUUUUAUUUAAAUGUUUUGAUUUUGUAGUGCCUUUUUUCUUUUCUUUUUUUUUGGAACGCUGCUUUUCUCUGGGAGGGAAUUUAUUUUUGGAUGUGCUCAUGGCCUGGUGGCUAAGUUGCCUGUGCUGUUAUGGAAGGGGGGGGGGGGGGGGGAGCUAGGCUGUGGUUCUUUUUUUUCCUUCUUUUUCCUCCUCCUUUCUCUCCAUCACUGUAAGCCAACGAGCCCCGUGCCAAGAGGCUGAGAUCGCAUUCGAUCGGAGAGAAGGAGGUGGGGGCUCUUCCUGACAAUGGAAUACUUGAAAAACACUCAACUCGACUCUGUCGCUCUCUUUAACGCUGCUCACUCACUCUAUAGCCUGAACAGGUGUUUUGGAAACUGGAUCCUGUCUUUUCUGAAUGUCUACAAAAUGUCUACACACGCCCACCUCUCCCACCCACACCUCCUUCCCCCAUACACACCCCCCCCCCUCCAUCCUGCUUGUUGCAGGGUGUUUGGCCCUCUUGACUUUCCUUUUUUUUGCCUCCUGCCAUCUCACCGCUUGACACUACAUGGCCUCCUCCCCUGGUCUCCCUCAGGGUUUGGGGUGUGAAAUGCACAAUCAAUGCAAAAUUCAUGGACACUUUUUUUUUUUUUUUUCAAUAAAUGUUGUACAGCCUGUUUUCUUUUUCUUUUUGAUGUACAUUAUUUUUCCUCCCCAUUUGCAUUUAAUUUAUUUGUAAACAUGUAGACAUUCCACACACUGUGGCUAUUUAUUUAUUUAUUGUCUGUGCUUAAAAUCCCCAUCUAAAUUUUGCAUAUCCUACUUGGCCUUUGGUUUGCAUUCCUAUAACUUAUUUUUACAUUUUUCAACUUUUUUUUUUGUAUAGAUGUGGAAGAUGCACUGAAGCAGUUGUCUAUGUAAAGCAGAAUAAAACAAGUUUACUUAAAUUUGA